CAUACACAGUGAUACUGAUAUGGGCUCUCUCAGACUCUCACAUGCCACGCCACAGCCACAGCCACAGCUCACAAUAGGGUUUCCUUCAACACCUCAAAUCUUUUCCAUUUCCGCUGUUACUUUCACCCAUACAUCUUCUGCAUCUUCUGCCUCUUCUUCGAUCUUAAGGUGCAAAAGUUCUAGGAGAUUGCAAGCAAAUCAAAGGCUGUUGGCUAUUUUUGCUACAAACCCAAAGUCACCCAAUGAAGGAUCAAAUGUAAAUGAAACUAGCAAUGCUGCUCAGGGACCUCCUAUCCUUACUAUUUUGGCUGGAUUCUUAAUCUUUUUUCUCUUUUGUUGGAUUAUUGGGUCCAUUAUCAUGUGGCUGAUAAGUUUAAUUGUUAAUGUACCUGCUGCAAAAUGA